AUGGCAUCUUCAAAACAAGAAGACAAUAAUCGUAAACUAUUGGAAGAAUUGAAUAGAACACGACAAUUGAUGAUGAAAAAUUCUGGGGCGUCGAACCGUUCGUUAGCAUCGGAUUCAAUAACUCCACGUUGUGAUCCACGUACAGUUCAAUUAGUAAACAAUUUGGAAUCACAAACAUCGAUUACAUUUAUCCCGACCAAUUCGCAAUAUAAUAAUAUAUUACCUGUUUUUCCAAGAAUAUCACCUCCUUAA